AUGGCCACCACCAACAGUCAGAGCCACUAUUACGCCGAUAACAUGUACAACAUGUACCACCUGAACAGCCACAGCCACGGCCACGGCCACGGCCUGCCCACGCCCACGUACUAUGACAACAGCUACUACCAGAGUGCCUCCACACAGAGUGCCGCCAGUCAGUGGCAGCCAACGGCAGCCAGCUAUCAGAGCAGCUACGGAGCAGCAGCCGCUGCCUAUGCCCCGGAGAGCUACUCCGACAGCAGCUGCUACUACGCCCAGAGCAGUUACAGUCCCAUCGAUGCGACAGUCACCGCUCCACAGAUGGCCCCGGCACACCAGACCGAGAUCCGUGCCGCCUCGCCCGUGAAGUCUCUGAAGCGCAGGGCGGAAGUGGCUGCCGCCAUCAUCGCCGGCGUCGAGGAGCGACCCAGCACACUGCGUGCUCUGCUCACCAAUCCCGUGAAGAAGCUGAAGUACACGCCCGACUACUUCUACACCACCUUCGAGACGGUGAAGAAGACGGGAAGCACGGGAACAGCAACAGGAACAGCCACAGCCACAGUGCCAGCUCAGCUGAAGGCCAGCUGCAGUCCCGCUCCCAGCUACGAGCAGGAGUACGUGGCAGCACCCACGCCCAGCGCCUCCGAGGAUGUCGACUAUCUGGAUGUCUACUCGCCACAGUCCCAAAAGAAUCACAAGAAUGGCGAAUAUGUGGCAGCCACACCACCGCCAGCCUCUACACCAGCCACGCCCACCUCCAUUGUGGAGGGCAUCAGCACACCACCCCAAUCGCCGGGCGUAAAGUCGGCCACGGCAUCGAAUGUCAGUCAUGAGAUCAAUCAUCGAAUUGUGACAGCUGCCAACGGCGGAGUCGCCGCCGCCGAAUUCAAUUGGUCGCACAUCGAAGAGAGUCUCGCAUCAGAUUGCAAGGACUCGAAACGCACGCGCCAGACCUACACCCGCUACCAGACUUUGGAGCUGGAGAAGGAGUUCCACUUCAAUCGGUACAUCACGCGGCGGCGUCGCGUCGACAUUGCCAAUGCCCUGAGCCUGAGCGAGCGCCAGAUCAAGAUCUGGUUCCAGAACCGACGCAUGAAGUCCAAGAAGGAUCGCACGCUGGAGGGUUCGCCCGAGCACUGCAGCACGGCAGCGGCAGCCUACGGUGCGCUGCUGGCACCUCUGGAAGCCACCUCCAACCUGCCCAUGCCCAUGCCCAUGCCCGCUCAGCCACAGGCGAUGCCCUACCAUGCCACCGCUCCGUAUCCCGCUUAUUUGGCCAGCAGCCACAGCCACAGUCACAGUCAUAGCCAUGGGCACGGACACGGACAGGGCUAUGGCCUGCUCAAUGAUUACACGCAGCAGCAGCAGCAGCAGUACGAGCAGUACGCCACACCGCAAUAUCAUCAACAGACCCAGCAGCAGUGCAGUGUCAGUGCCUACCAGCAGCAGCAGCAGCAGCAGCAUCACCACCACCAACAGCAGCAGCAGGAGCUGACCGCCUCCAACCAGGCCCUGUACCAUCACCAGCCCUAG